AGGAAGCGCGCCCGGCCGCGGCCCCGGGACCUGCCCAGACGCCCGAGUCUGGAACGCCGAGCGCCUCGUCCCGAUUUGCCAGGUGUGCGGGCCGGAGCCGCAGUCCCGGGCCGUGGCCGUCGUGCGCCGCCCGGGCGUUUCCUCCUGCUCGCCCCGCCCGGCUCCCCGGCCUCUGGCCUCCGCGCCCGCGCCGCCAGCCUCCCGGAUCCGGCCCUGCCGCGCUCCCUCCACGCCCCCCACGAGUCCCGGCCACCCAGGAGCUGAUGUCCUGAGGUCGCCGCCCGCGGUCGCUGCGCCCCGGCCCGGGAGCUGCCCUGGGAAGUUGGGGCUAGGCGCGCCGGGUAUGCGCCAUCACCAUGUCCCGCCUGGGCUCGUGGCUCGGUGAGGUCCAGUGGCUGGUCUUGGUGUCGCUCUUCGUCGUGGCCCUGGGCACAGUUGGCCUGUACCUGGCGCAGUGGGCGCUGGCCAGGGCGCGACCCCGGCCCCCGCGGCGGGCGGCGGAGCCUGGUGAGGGCCGGCGCCCCGAGUCGGACACUCUGCUCGCCUGGAUCCUGACGCUGAACAGCUGGAGGAGCCAGUGGCAGGCCGCCUGGGUGACGGCCCUGAACGAGGAGGCCAGACGGAAAGGGGGCCCGCUGCUCCUUUCCUUUGAGGAGGACCCGCUGCAGCCGCCCCUGGAGCUGGCGGUGCAGCAAGUCUGGAGUGUGGCCAGGUCAGCCCAGGAGAAGUUGGUGUCCUGUCACGUGGUGGGCGAGACCCUUCAGUUCCUGGUCAGCGCGGGGCCUGCCUCCCCCCAGGACGCAGGGCGCCAGCUGUAUGGCGUGCGACUCUCCCCGUUCCGUUUACAGCUGGAGCUCCACAUGAAAGAGAAGAGAGAGGACAUUCAGAUCAGCUGGUCCUUCAUCAGCGUGCCGGAAAUGGCCGUUAUGGUCCAGCCCAGAGCACUGGGGGAGGACCGGACGGUCAAGACGAAGGCAGUGUCUGAGACACUCCAGGAUAUUUUGAGGCACCUGGUUAGUUCCGCCUCCCCAUCAGUGGUUCUGAGCACCAAGCCCAUGGACGUGAGGGAAGUUCAGAAUCUACAGUGCGCUUCACGUACUCCUCAGGAAUCCUGUCCUCCCAAACCUCCCAGGGCUCACGAAUUCAAACUCUUGGUGAAGAACAUCCGAGCCUCGCUGCUACGUGAUCCCGGUGCUUCAGGCCACAUAAACCCACUGUGUGUAGUUCAGCUGAACGAUCCUGUUCAGAAGUUCUCCAGCGCCCUCGCGAAAAACACUACCGACCUCAUUUGGGAAGAAGAAUUCACCUUUGAGUUGAAUGCUAAGUCGAAGGAGUUGUACCUGCAGAUUUCACAGGAUGGGCGAGCCUCAGAAGCUCUGCUGGCCAUGACGACUGUUCCUCUAGAUUUGUUUAAGAAGCAGCCCUCUGGGCCACAGAGCUUCACGCUGACCAGUGGCUCCUCCUUCGGCAGCUCGGUGUUGGGGUCGGUCACUGCGGAGUUUUCUUACGUAGAACCCGGUGAAGUGAAACCCUGGCAAAUGCCUCCUCCUGUUCCUGCUGCAAAGAUAGAGAAAGACCGCACGGUGAUGCCGUGUGGGACUGUGGUCACUACUGUCACUGCCGUGAAAAGCAAGCCUCGCUUUGACACGGGGAGGGCAUCCCCACUGAGCUCUGAGUCUCCCCUGAGGACGCCUGUCAAGGUGAGGGUGAUCGAGAAGGACAUCUCCGUCCAGGCCAUCUCCUGCCACGGCGCUCCAGUCAGUAAGACAUUCUCCUCGUCAGAUACAGAACUGUUGGUGUUGAAUGGUUCUGACCCAGUGGCCGAAGUCGCCAUUCGACAGCUCAGCGAAUCUUCGAAGCUGCCGCUCAAGUCGCCGAGGAAGAAAAGCACCCUCAUCAUAUCCGGGGUCUCCAAGACCUCACUGUCUCAGGACACUGACGCCGCCCUGAUGCUGGACUACGUGGGCUCCAUGGACAGCGCCCGCCAGGCGGACGCCCCGUCCCAUCCAGGGGCGGCCGCAGCCUCUGACCCGCCCGAGGAAGAGGCCUCAGCCCAGGCCCCGCCGGCCCUGGAGCCCCAGGAGAGUGAGCUAGACUCCUGGGACUUGGAGAAGGAGUCACAGGCCAUGGCGUGGGGCAGCCAAGUCCUGCUGGACCCCGACGGGGACGAGCUCUCGGAGAGCUCCCUGAGUGUCUCGGAGCCGGGCGCUGCCAAAAAGCAUAAAGGAGGGAUUUUAAGGAAAGGCGCAAAGCUGUUCUUCCGCCGACGGCAUCAGCAGAAAGACCCCGGGAUGAGCCAGUCGCACAAUGACCUCAUGUUCCUGCAGCAGCCUGAGAGGGCCCGGAGGAAGGGGACAACGCUCACCAGGAUCCUGAACAAGAAGCUGCUCUCCAGGCACAGAAGCAAGAGCACCAUGAACGGCGCCCCCCCGGACCCCUGUGCAUAGGUCCACGGUUGGCAGCCUCUUUACCUUGAUGCUGUGAGAUGUGGGCCCAUCUUAACUACCUGCCAGGACAGAGCGAGAGGGCCAGUGAGCUGUCGGACGGCCUGCCUUGCCUAGCUGGGUUUUACCCAACAACUUCAUCCUUUAAAGGGGAAGAAAAAUCUGAGUCUCCAACCAGGAGGUUUCCCCCAGAGAGAACCCACAAAGCUUGAUUUGCCACCAGAUGCCAAAGGAGACUUGAUGGGUCCGCCCAUUGGGCUGUGCUCAAAUCUAAGAGUUGCAGUCAAUAUUAGAAGGAUAUUUACAGGAUGAACUCAAGAACAUGCUGUCAUGGACUGUGGAUGGGGCAGGUUUGGGGGACUCAACUCGACCCACUCUCUGCUCUAACAGAUAUUAUUUUGGGUCCAUGCCUGGACCGCAUCACCAAGAGGAGGCAUCCCUCUGUGCUGUCACUGUGAAUGGAAUGGAUGGGUCACCUCUCUGAAUGGGCUACUCAGAAUAAAAAAGUGUAGCUGGCCCUGAGUACAGAGAGGUGGCACAUACGCAGGAUUGUUGGUAAACAGAGAAAUUACGAUAGGAAUGGAAACACUAUGACAAAUGUAGGAAGACACUUGCCUUCGAUAUUAGCCAUAUAACUUGAAAAAUUAUGCAAAUACUAAAUAUAUCCUAUGCAUAUUAUGCAGAACACUUUUCUAAGUUUACUUUGAGCCUAUUUGCAAGGUGGGAGAUAUAUAAAUUCUUAAGUGGUUUUUACAUUUUUCUCUAUAGUGUCAAAAGCUCUAAUAAUACCAGUGGAGCAGUCAACACACUGAUCUCUUUUUUCCAGUCUGGCAUACUUGCUCAACAGGAGUGCAGUGAGCCUCUCAGAUGAAGUUGGGAGUGAUAAGUGACAGCUACAGAACAUGGUAACCACGCACACGUGGUUUUUCUUUAGUCCGAGGUUGGUUUGCCAAAUAUUGCCAAUAGCCGAAAUAAAGUUCCCUUAGGGUAAAAGACAAAAUUAUUUGAUAUCUCAGCUGUGAGUCUUAGGAAUGGAAGUUUAAUAACCAAUGGGCCGAUCUUGCAUCAGACUCCUUUUAUGAGCUCUUUAGAGUUCUACUGUGAACAGUGCUUGACAUGUUUUGGGGUGCCCUUGUUUUGAUUUCCAGUGGAAAAAUUGAUAAGCUUGGCACAUAAUUUUAAUACCCCUAUGUAUCUUUCCAACCACUUUCCACUUAGGUUCUUUCACAGUUUCCUCAUUGGUCCACCCUGUCCUGAAUCUGCCACUUCUAGGAGAUGUGCUUCUUCAAGAGCAGUUGUCAUUAGGGUGAAAGGCUUGGACAGUUGAAUAAGAUUCAUUUUCCUCCAGUAAGAUUUAAAAGGCUAUUAUGAAAACAACUUUUGUCACAGACGUGAAAUUGGGUGAGCUCCUUCCUACAGGUGUUUUUGUUAAUCCUUAAACAUAUUUCAGGGGUCAUGGAGCCAUUGAUGAGCAAAAACCUUUAUAAAAACCAAAAUUAUAGAAUUUUUUCUUUUCCUUUUUUUUAGGGAGAGAUUAAUAAUUUUAAUGCACAUUUAAAAUAAUUUAAAUGCACAUUUAAGAAUUCUUAGGUGUCGCAGGAAUUAUCAAGUGACUGUAAAAUGACUUUUUCACCAUGCUUUGUUUUUAAAGAUUAUAUUUCAAUUUUAAUUAUUGUAAAACAGCAGUUGGCAUUCCAAAACAUAUUAAUACCAAGUUAGUCCCCACAGAUUAGCGAUCACUGCUAGUCUUUUUGGAACAGGUGGUCACUUAGCGUUUUCUUUUACUUGAAGGAUGACUGUUCUUUCUCAUGGAGGCAUUCAGGAAUGAAUUCUAAGAGGAUAUUAUGUGUCAGAAUUUCAGACACUGAUCAGAAGUUUUUAGUACAGUUUUCUGGUUUGUUUGCUUUUGAAAUUCAGAUGGACUCAGUUUAUUCAAGUGCGAAGGUAUCAGAGUUUUAGACUGGGCUUUCUCGCUCUCCAAAAAAAAAGUUUUAGCCAUUCGCAUUCCCAGACGACCCCCAGGGACAUUCUGUUCUCUGUUGAACACCUUCGUCAAGGGCUCUGCUUUCUCAACGUCCCCGUGACUUGAAACCUCCUCAGGGUCCUGGGAGUGUCAGGUGGGCUGCGUCUGUCCCAUGUGUGAAGCAAAUAAAUUAACACGGGAGGUGCAGUGUUGUUCAGGAGACCCCCAUUUCUUUGUGUCUCUGGGGUGCACAUUGAGACGCCUGUACCUUUGAGUAAGAUCCAGGAGCCCACACUCAGAACGCACACACUUUGUCUCCAUCUAAUAUCCUGUUGUGAAGUUACGGAGGACAAGGACACUAACGUAGCAGGGAGUUUAGACGAAAAAAUGGAAAAAGAAGGAUGCAUCUGGGGUCACACCGUGAGAAAACGGGCUGUAUUGAUACUGUGAAUGCUUCUCCAAGCUGUUUAUCCAGGUUUGGUUUUGAAUGGUGUAGGGUAUUUAUGUUAAAGUAAACGUCAUUAAGGUUAAAGAGCAAUUAUGGUGAGACACCAAAUGCUGAACAUACUAAUUUGUAAAUCACCUUAUUCCCUGUGCUUUUCUGUAAGCUGCAGUGGCUUGAGGGCUUUUGUUAUUUAGUCUUGGAUGAAAUUUUUGCAGAGUGGUAUUUGAAAAGUGAUUCCCCGUGAACACUAAUAUUAACGUGUGUCUGUAUGUCUGGAAGUAGGUGCUCAUGUUGGCUUUAGUGAGCUGGCGACGCCUCCCUGUGCUCUGUGUAAGGAUGUGCCCGCGUGUUUGUGGAGGCAUGAACUGGAAUGAGCUUUACGUGUGUUUUAAUGUAGCAAUAACGAAAGUAGCGAUCUCACGUUCCAGCGGAAAACCUGCUGUGAGGAGGAAGGUCUAGACAGAGCACUUGAUUUAAAUCAAAUCUCAAGUGUGAGCUCGAAACCAGCCCUGGAUUCCUCCUGAUGGCUACCUGGCCAGGUGCUGCCGACCACUCACAAAUCAGGUGCAGGGCUAGGUUUCUGAUGGGUUUUACUGGCGUCUACCGAAGAGAGUGGCAGAUUUGCUUCUUGAGAAGAAAGGGAAAGAUUAACUUACACUGCUGCCACCAAAUGCGGGUGUUUUCUGAGUAACAGUCUCACAGCUCUUGGUCUUGAAACCUCAGCACAAGCUGGCAGACACUGGAAGUCACAACAUUUCUCUCUACCAGAUGGAAAACAGGUGUCGGCACUGGUGCAGACAACUCACGCCAGGCCCCUCUCCACGGCCCCAAACCUGCCGAGGCCUGACUGCCAAGGCAGGGCCCGCCGAACUGCCGAAUCCUGCAAAGCAAACUCAGGGUACCUCGGGUUCCUCUGCCUCACCAUCUACUCCUUACACGCGAGGAUGCUUUUGGAACACGCUCCCCCGCCCAGCGCGCCCAGCUUCCAGCAGGUCAGGAAUGCACCGUUUAUAAUUUAGGCUAGUAGUUUUUUUCCCCCAAUGUCACAUCAAAGCUACAUUUUAAACAAAGAAGAAACUAAAAGGUUUCCCAGGUCUGUGGCAAGGUUUGGCUUGAUGCCCCAGUGUGGGGAUGAAUUUACAUGACAAUGAUUGUAUUCCUUGGUAGCACUUUAAAAACAUUACAGUCCUGUGCAGCUGGCUCAUUUGGAGACGAUGUGGCUGGAACAUGAAUGGUCUUUGAAAGAAAUAAAUGUGCACAUGGAUCACUAAAGGCCGAGUGGUUUUUGCCC